UAUUUUAACCAUCAGUUUUUCAACAAAUAUUGUGCCAGGCACAGUAUUUAAGUUCUGGAAGUAGGGCAGUGAAAACAGUCUGAUAUCAUGAAAAUUAUAGUCGAGUAGUGGGGGGCAAAUAUACAAAUAUGUCAGGUAGUGAUAAAAGUUAGGAAGAAAAAUAAGGCAGGGCAGAGGCAAGGCAGCGGGGGCCGGGUGCUGUUUACAUAGGGUUAGGGAAAAACCACUUUGAGGGAGUGCCAUGUGAGCUGAGUGAGGAAGCUAGCUUUGUGGAUAUGGAUGCCUUUAAAAUUUUCCGUACUUUAUUUUCUUUCCUACACUAAGGAUGCAAUACUUGCAUAAUCAAACAACAACAACAACCACAAGAAAGGAUUUUCUAUUUCAGAAAAAGAUCUGGAGCCUCAUAUCUCCAAGGGGAGUAAGAAGAGGGUGGGAGCAGGUCCAAAUGCAUAGAGCUUCCCCGACGCGGCCGGCCUGCUUUAGAUUCUCCCCAGCCUGGAGAGCCCCGCUGUCCUUCAGUCAAAUCUGCUGGUCGGGGUCAGCGUCCCCGACGGCCGCGUCCUGCCGAGAGACCCUAGCCGACCCUCGGGAACAGAGGAUCGGCGCAGGAGGCUCCCCGCCCCUCACUGGACUGCAUUUCCCAGCAAGCUCCGCGCCCUGCUAGAAGCGGCUAAAGACUAUUUGGGUGGGUGCGGGACCCUAAAAGCUAUAAACGAGUCUCCUAAGGCUGAGUUCCGGCUCCUGGACCACGGCCCCCUCAGCUCUCGACCCACUGUGUAGCGGAAAGAGCAGGGGACGGAAGGAAGAGUCCACGCCCGAGCAUCCCUUGCGGAGGAGCAGGCGAUUCACUCGUAGCUGGGCCCAGCGACGUCUCUGCCCAGCAGGCCAGCCUUGGCUUUUCCUUUUCACCCUUCACGGGCCAGGGGAACACAGGAAACUGAAAGACAAGGGGAGAGGGAGAAAGCGCGAAUCUAGGGGCAGACCUCAGCCUGGGGGCAUGGGUGUUGACCACAUGACGUUACUGCCUUCUGAUUGGCCAUCCCUGGAAAUUCUCACCGUUCAUUGGUCACCCGUCAGGGAGAAGGCCGGUAUAGUAGGCGAACGCCCUCCUGAGGAGAGUAGUUGGGCGGGCUUGUCUCGGCGUGAGGGCUGUGUCGUUUCCCGGCGAGCCCCGCGCGAAUUUCCGGCGCUGAAACCUGGAGGCGGAAACUGGGAACGCCUGGGCGGCUGUGGGCGGUGUGAGUCCCGGGGGGCGGGACAGGCGACGCGGCCCGCCUGGCUCCGAGGUCGAGCGCAGGGCUCCGGGCGACCGGGGCCGGCGCCCGGAGGCAGAGGCCGAAGGGGGUGCGCACCUCAGGGAGGUGCAGGGGAGAAGCCUGGGGCGCCGCACCCGCUGCCCGCCCCUCCGCCUCUCAUCUCUGCUCAGGCAAGGCUGCUGGGACCGAGCACGGGGCUCUGGCCGGGUCCGCGUUCCCGACUGCCGAGUCCUACUGAGCGACCCUGGUGAGUCCCUGGCUCUGUCCGAGCGGAGCCUUCUCCUCGGUCACUGGAGGAUGAGCAUGGAGAGCGUACCUUUCAGAAUAAAGUAAAUAAAGUGCUUAGUGUGUAGUAGAAAAGAAUUGGAAACAACCUGAAUGCCUCACUCGGGUGGGUAUUCAUUAAGAAACGAGUACAUCCAUACCGCGGAAUCUCCCAGAGCGCCUGAAGCAGCACUGUUGGGUAGAAAAGCAAAUGACAAAAUAGUAUUGCGGAGUGCCUGUCCAGAUGCCAACCCAGCUGCCACUGGGGAUCCCUCUGGGAGAUUGAAGGCCCAGGUUGAGGCUGACCAGCCCUGAGCCUUAGGCCAGGGGAAUGGCAGCCCCCCCAGAGCCUCAGGACCAGGCCCCUGGGGAGGGAGAAGGGCUUCUGAUCGUGAAGGUAGAAGAUUCCUCCUGGGAGCAGGACGCUGCCCAGCAAGAGGACAGCAGGGAUUCAGAGGCGUGCCGCCAGCGCUUUCGGCAGUUCUGCUACGGGGAUGCGGGCGGGCCCCACGAGGCCUUCAGCCAGCUCUGGGAGCUCUGCUGCCGCUGGCUGCGGCCCGAGCUGCGCACCAAGGAGCAGAUCCUGGAGCUGCUGGUGCUGGAGCAGUUCCUGAGUGUGCUGCCCGUGGGCAUCCAGGGCUGGGUAUGCGAACGAUGCCCAGGGAGUGGCGAGGAAGCUGUUGCCUUGGUGGAGGACCUGCAAAAGCAGCCAGUGAAAGCUUGGCCACAGGAUGUGCCCUCAGAGGGGGCGGAACCUGAGGCUGCAGUCCAGGGAUCACAGGCCCAGGGGCCUCCCCGGAAGGCACGGACACAAAGCCGGCCACCUGUACCCUGGGAGCAGCACGGCCAUGGUGCCCAGCUUCCAGCUCUUCUUAAAGAGGGGAGCACCAGAGAGAUGACAGAUACCUGCUUUGCCUCUGGGGGACCUGUGACAUUUGGAGACAUUCCCUUCUAUUUCUCCCGGGAAGAAUGGGGGUCCCUGGACCCUGCUCAGAGAGAUCUCUUCUGGGACAUAAAAAGGGAGAACUCCCAGAACAUUGCCCUGGGUUUGGGACUCACAAGCCACAGCGAGAGAUCCCGGCUGGAGGAGGUGGUGACGGCGCUCCCGGGCCAGGCUGCUGGCGACGUGACCGUGUCCUGGAGGCUGGAGGAGGCCGAGGUCCGGCCGGGGGCACCCCGGGGGCGGGCAGCGGGGGCGCGGCGGGGGCGGCCGCCCACGCGCCGGCGGCAGUUCCGAGACCUGGCGGCCGAGAAGCCGCACAGCUGCGGCCAGUGCGGCAAGCGCUUCCGCUGGGGCUCCGACCUGGCUCGCCACCAGCGCACGCACACGGGCGAGAAGCCGCACAAGUGCCAGGAGUGCGACAAGAGCUUCCGCAGCUCCUCGGACCUGGUGCGCCACCAGGGCGUGCACACGGGCCAGAAGCCCUUCUCCUGCUCCGAGUGCGGCAAGAGCUUCAGCCGCAGUGCCUACCUGGCCGACCACCAGCGCAUCCACACGGGCGAGAAGCCUUUCGGCUGCAGUGACUGCGGCAAGAGCUUCUCACUGCGCUCCUACCUGCUGGACCACCGGCGCGUGCACACAGGCGAGCGGCCCUUCGGCUGUGGCGAGUGCGACAAGAGCUUCAAGCAGCGCGCCCACCUCAUCGCCCACCAGAGCCUGCACGCCAAGAUGGCCCAGCCUGUGGGGUGAGGGCCGGAAGGGCGGCCCAGGCGGGGUCCCCACCCGGCCCAGUCCACCAUCUCCGCUGCCGGCAGGACUGCAGGGUCCCCCACGCGCAGAACCCAUCAGCCCUGCCCGCCUGGGGACCUUGCCAACGCCCCCCAGGCAUGGAAUCCCCUGUAACCUCGUGGCCAUGCCCCUAACUGCUCUGGGGUUUUUCUUGCUCCCUGGUUUCCUGGAGCCCCGGCACAUUCCAGGCUGGUGGCGUGAGCACAGGGGAGAAGCUGGGGCACAGGGAUGUUUGAGGACUUGGGCAGGCCUGGGGUCUCCAUCCCAGAACCCCUUCAGCCUUCCUUGGCCCCGUCGCUCUCUGUUCCCGGCCUUCUUGGCUGGUCCAUGAGCUGGGCCUUCUGUCCUGCCAUCCUGUGCCUUCCCACAGGGGGGAAGGCUAAGCCUUAGGGUGCUACUGGACUCUGGGAGGGUCAGUCAGCCCACACCCAUGAGGACCUGGGUCCUGGGUGCGGCCACAGGGGCUUUCUGGCCUCCACCCCUUCCCAUAUCCAGACAUUGACCGCUCUGCCCUGUCCCAGCAGCAUGCAAGCUGCCUGCCUCUGCCCUCAGUCAGCUCGCCCCCAGCUGAGUUCCCAAGAGUCACCCUCUACCAGUCUGGGGAGGGUGGUAUCAGCUCCGGGGACAGAGGCCAACUGUGCAGACCAAGAACAGGGCCAGCGGAGGCCCGCUGCCCCCGCUGCUCCCCAGUCUCCUGGAGUCUCGGGGUUUAUGGUACUUAACACUAGCACUCCAUCAGCACCUUGUCACUAACUCCUGAGGCGCUGUAUUCCCUGCAGAAGGGCAUUCACAGGGACAGACCACAGGCCCUCCCAAGCAGCUGGCCCAGCUGGCCUCAAAGGGCAGCAGAAAGGUUGAAUAAACAUGAAAACUUCC